UCUCUCUUUUCCAGCCAGUAAAGAGUGUCUGCCCCUUUGAACCGCUGGUACAGCGCCUGCGGCUGCACACACACACGCACAGCCGCCGGCUAUAAAUUAGUUACGAGCCGGGCAGAGGGCGAGCAGUGCGCGUCUCCCAGCGGGCCGAGGCGGCGGGGACCGCUGCCGCCCCUCCGAGCCGACCGACCGACCGGGCUUCCACCCCGGGGUGCCAUGGCGUGCGUGGAGCGCUGCCGGUGCUGCGCGGAGAGCAGGCGGCACGGCAGCAUCCUCUACAACAUCCUGAGGAGCGAGGAGCGGGCGGCGCGGCCGGCGGGGCAGGGGCCGAGGCGGGGGCAGGCGUCCGGCGGCUGCCCGUGCGGGUCGCGGCGGCGGGUGGCCCUGAGGAGCCCGCAGGUGGCAUGCAAGGCGGCCUCGGCCGUGCUGGUGAAGACUCUGCGCUUCGUCCAGAACGUGCCCUGCUUCCAAGAGCUGCCCCUGGACGAGCAGCUCCUGCUGGUCCGCAGCUGCUGGGCGCCCCUGCUGGUGCUGGGGCUGGCGCAGGAGCGGGUGCACUUCGAGACGGUGGAGAGCGCCGAGCCCAGCAUGCUGCAGCGGAUCCUCACCACCCGGCGGCAGGGCGAGCAGACCCCGCCGCGGGCACCGCCGCCGGGCCGGCCUCACCACGGCCCCGGCGGCCCCCACCUGCCCUCGGCCGGCGAGAUUCAGGCUAUCAAGGGCUUCCUGGCCAAGUGCUGGAGCCUGGAUAUCAGCACCAAGGAGUACGCUUACCUCAAGGGGACGGUGCUCUUCAACCCGGAUCUACCUGGACUGCAGUGUACACGGUACAUUGAAGGACUGCAGAGGGAAGCACAACAAGCUCUAAAUGAACAUGUCAGACUCAUUCACAGAGUGUUUUUGGAAUAAGAUUACAGUCAUCAAAGCAAGCUUUAAGGUUGCGGAGAAUGUUCAUAUCCAAAGUCAACUGGCUGUUCUUUUACCAUGUCUCUGAAUAAAGAUCACACUUACGAUAUUGUACUUUCAAGGUGAGUAAUCGCUGCUUUUUCAAAAUAAGCAGCAGUCUAGGUUUACAUUUUAAACAUAGUUGGCAUACAGAAGGGGGAAAGAACAAGCCAUUUACUUCACAUAUUUCAGUAAUAUUAAAAUAGGGUACCGUAGUCAGUUCUGCUCAUAGUUCGGAUACUGGCUCUGUCAAAGGCUUACUGCAGUCAGUGAACUACUUCUAUUGACUUUAACUGAGUUGAAGUCUAUAAAGAAUAUUAAAAUAUUCACCUAAGGCUUUCUUCUGUAUGGGGAAAAUGCGUUAGGAAUAUUUUGAGACUUAAAGUAGCUUGGCCAACUUGUAACACUGGGAGUAAAACAUUCCAUUCUGCACACGUUGGGCUCCAGGAGAGGACAGUAACUCUAUUCCCCAAAAGAGCAAACAAACAAAAAUGCCUCUAAAAAUAUCCAAACAGCAGAUGCUGAACAGGGUCAGGAGAACUACUGGUAUGCACUCCAUGUUUUUCUUUGCUUUUCAUCUAGGUAAUUGCUAGCUAGGAUUUUGAAAGCCAGAUUCUUCAGGCUACUUUAUUCCUACAGAAAUACAAAAUUAUUAUGCUGAAACAUGGUGUACUUCUGGUACAUCCAUCAGAAUUUGUCAGCUAGCAUGAAGAUGUCUUAAUUAAGCAUCAAGCUUACACAUUCUUUUUUCUUUGUUUUGUUUUGUCUUGGCCUUGAUACUUUCUCCGAAAGCAGUUGUGUUUUUAUUGAAAAAAGUCCUAUUUUAAAAGGGAAAAUCAGUGAUUUAAGGGGGAUUUGUCUCAUGGUUUUCCUUUCUCUGUGUGCAGUUUUCUAGCCUUUCCCCUGGGGAAUAUUGGUAAAAAAUGGAGAGAGAAGUGCAACAGUGUUCCUGAAGUAAAAGUUACCAGUAACUCUAUGUAUCGUUCACAUAUACAUUAACCACUAGCAAUAGGAGGUGUUUUUUAAAACACAGUUAAUAAAAGUUGAGGCAGUUACUCUCCUUAAUAGGAGGUGUGUGGGGAAGAGAGGAACGCCUUUGAAGAGCUUUCUUUUGCUGCCACCUUGCGCAAAGGAUAAUCACAGCUCCUACACUCAGGUAAGGAGCAGGGGGGACACUUGUUAUCUUGUACCUACCCUACCUUUGGAGAGGUAGCCAACCGUUCCUAGGGGGACAAGUUCACCCAUAAGUAGUAUCACAGAUCUGGAUUGCCAUGGCAAUAAAAAUCUCAUCAUGGACUAGGAUGCUGUCACUAAGCAAACAAAACAAAGCAAGAAACACAACCUCCAUCCUGAAAAGCAAUGGUAUAGC